UAUCAUUUGGUCAGGCAUAAGUUGCGGUCGACUACUGCCACCAUCGCCAUCGACGCUGCCGUGUGUACUCUAUUCACGAUUCGGUGCCGGAGAAGACGGCAGACGGCUCCCAUGUCCAAGACCUCGGAGUUGUGCAUGGCCCGCGUACCCUCCUAGCCAAUCAACAACGAGUCGAUCUAACUGAGAGCGUGUCUGGGACAGCCGAGCAAUUACAUGGUAAUCUAGGUCGGUGCCUCGGUGACUCGGCAUCUGUUGUUUCUCCGCCUCACCCUGAUCCUUGAGUGAGUGCGGGGAGUUGAGGUUGAUGGUUGCUUAUAUUGCAGAGUGGUGCCAUGGAUGAACUUUUCUGACAUUGUCUUCUGUGUGUAGUGCUGUCAGCCCACCUAAAAUCUCUCUAUCGACUGUUGAUUCCUACUCAGGCUACGACGACUUUGAAGGAAUCUGAACCUCGACAAUACUUUACUCCCUUGCCACUCAACUCGAACAUCUACCGCAGACAUGGCACCCAAAAACCAGACCAACGCCUACGUGAUUGGCGUGGGCAUGACCAAGUUCAUCAAGCCUCGCCGUCUUCGUCCAUACACCGAACUCGGCUUCGAGGCCGGAGCAAAGGCCCUUCUUGAUGCUGGCAUUACCUAUGAUGAUGUUGAGACCGGUGUUGCCUGCUACUGCUACGGCGACACUACUUCUGGACAGAGAAUCUUCUAUCAAUUCGGCAUGACCAACAUCCCCAUUUAUAAUACCAACAAUGCCUGCGCCACAGGUUCAACAGGCCUCCAGCUCGCUCGCACCCUGGUCAGAGGUGGUGUCAUCGACUGUGCGAUGGUCAUUGGCUUCGAGACAAUGAACCCUGGUAGCAUCAAGUCCGUCUGGAACGAUCGGCCGAGCCCCAUGGGCUUGAGCACCCAAAUGAUGGAGGAGACCUAUGGAAAGCACGAGUCCCCCCGGAAUGCCCAAUUCUUUGCCAACGCAGGCAGAGAAUAUAUGGAAAAGUAUGGAGCCGAGGCACGUGAUUUCGCUGAGAUUGGACGAAUCUCUCACGAGCACUCCUCGCGAAAUCCUUAUGCGCAGUUCAACGAUGUGUACACCCUGGAACAGAUUGAAAAAUCACCUAUGAUCCACUACCCAGUCACCAAGCUGCAGUGCAGCCCUACCUCGGACGGUGCCGGUUCUGCCAUUAUUGUCUCACAGGCGUUCCUCGAUGCCCGACCUCAUCUCAAGUCAAAAGCGGUCCUGAUGGCAGGACAGAGCAUUCAAACUGACUCGCCAGCUUUAUACUCGAAGAGCGCCAUGGACUUGGUCGGAUAUCAAAUGGCUAAGUCGGCCGGGGCAGCCGCAUUGGCCGAAGCCGGGGUUAGUCCCCGAGAUAUCAAGGUCUGCGAGAUGCACGACUGCUUUAGUGCCAACGAGUUGAUUACGCUAGAAGCUCUCGGCUUCUGUGACGUCGGCAAGGCCCAUGAGAUGGUCCGUAAGGGAGACAUCACCUAUGGUGGCCAGGUGGUCAUCAACCCCUCUGGUGGACUCAUUUCCAAGGGUCACCCCUUGGGCGCUACAGGCCUUGCCCAAUGCUGUGAGUUGACAUGGCAACUUCGAGGCUGGGCCAACAAUGGACGUUUGGUCAAGAACGUCGACGCGGCGUUGCAGCACAACUUGGGCCUGGGUGGUGCCGUCGUCGUGACCGUAUAUAAACGUGCCGAUGGCAAGAAGAAUACCGACGUCUCCGUCAGUGAUGCUGAGAUUGCCAAGUCGAGUGGUCUGGGAUAUAAUCCUGCAGUUGAGAUUAGACCCUUGACCAGAGCGGAUGCUGAGAAGGUCAGGAGUAAAGACCACAAGUCCGAGUAUGCGCUGGGUGAUACUCCGGACAGACUGCAGUCCCGACUAUAAAUGGUGGUGGUCUUGGUGCCGUCAGAAGAUACCAUGUUAAUCAAAUUGUAAAAGAUUCCCUCACUGA